UUCUUUUCUUUGUACCGCAGCCCACAGUCGUGCGAAUAACGAGCGAGAGUGAGGAGGCGACGAGUGUAGUGGAUAUCGCUCAGCUAACAUUAAUUCCGCCGCGGUAGGCAUAGUUUUUUAGCAAACAUUUCGUACAUCCGUCGUUUCACGGGAACGAUUUCCAAUUUAUUCGCUUAUAGUUUCGCAAAAAGUGCGUGGAAUUCAGUGAGAGAAAGGCGUCGUGUAAAAGUUGCCUAGCUAAAAGCAGCCAGCGAAAACCACAAGGAUCACCAUUGCCUUGCCAUAGAGCUAGCUACUUCGCGACCAGUGCGUGUGUGUGGAACGGGAAAAUACUUUGGCGAUAACGAGAGGAAAGUUUUCGCCUCUGGAGGAAUCAUUUGCCAGUUCCUGCUUGUUAAUGUGCUUUUUACUGAGUUUUGCCUUUUCGUGAUGUAAACCGUCGCUAUCAAAUAGUGAUCUCUAAUCCGUUUUUUUGUGUGUUCAAUUUCGAGGAAGAUAAAGAAGUAGAUUCGUUAGAUUUUUUUGCAGCCGCUGGAGUGCUCAUUCUUCUCAUCCAGAAUUCGCAGAAGCAAUAUCAUACACCCGUACGUAAUUAGUGCAAAUCCAUUUAAAUAAGGUGAAUCACGGUAAAUACACAAGAAGAAAAAUCAUUCGAAAAGUUUGCAGUUCACGUUAACAGCAGCGGCAGCAGGUCUCCAGGAGAAGCCCACGUGUGCAAAAGUUCCGAAUCCACCCGCACAAAGCCUGGUAUUUAGAAUCUGUGCUACGUGUGGGUGCGACACAGAAAGUAAUUUGUUCCGAAAGGUGAAACCCCCUUGUGCUGUGCAAACAGACUCCGGCAGGGGGCAAAAAAUUGUGGCUGUCUGCUAGAUCUGGCGCCCCAGUUGGUUGGUGAAGGUGGUGGUGCUGGUGGUGGAGGCAGUUUGCUAAAACACUUACGCCCUCAGGUUUGACGAAAACCACUUGACUAGGCGAAACAGCAUAACGACAACAACAAUAACAGUGAGAGCUACAAUUGAAAGGAAAAAAAGGUGUAGGAAAACCACAGCAACAGGUCGGUCGGUCGGUCGUCUGCCACAAUGCGUGAGUACAAAAUCGUCGUGCUUGGCAGCGGUGGUGUGGGCAAGUCCGCCCUAACAGUGCAGUUUGUUCAGGGCAUAUUCGUGGAAAAGUACGAUCCAACGAUAGAGGAUAGUUACCGGAAGCAGGUCGAAGUGGACGGACAGCAAUGUAUGUUGGAAAUUUUGGACACUGCCGGGACGGAACAAUUCACUGCGAUGCGAGAUCUAUACAUGAAGAAUGGACAGGGUUUCGUUCUAGUGUAUUCGAUCACAGCACAGUCGACGUUCAAUGACCUGCAGGACCUACGGGAACAAAUUUUAAGGGUGAAGGAUACUGACGAUGUUCCAAUGGUGUUGGUCGGCAAUAAGUGCGAUCUGGAAGACGAACGAGUAGUCGGAAAGGAGCUGGGCAAAAGUCUCGCCAAUCAGUUCAACUGUGCAUUCAUGGAAACGUCAGCCAAAGCCAAAAUUAAUGUUAACGACAUUUUCUACGACUUAGUCCAACAAAUUAAUAAGAAAUCGCCAGAAAGAAAGCCCAACAAAAAGAAGAAAUCGCUGUGUGUGUUGCUCUAAGUACGCUAUAACUACUAUUACUACUACUAAUGAAGGAAUCAGAGGAAAACCUACAAAUACAGAGGUAAACAGUAACGAAAAAUAAAAUCGUUCGAAGAUAAGAGAUAAAGAAAGUUAUAAACAUUAUAUUAAUAUUAAUUAAAAGUAAAACGGGAAAACCAUGUUACGGUGAAAAAGCAACAGAUGAAGGAAGCAAAGCGCCGCAAGGGAAUUGACAAAAAAAACUGUGCAACCGAAUGGUAGACGAGUUUGUGGAAAAGUAAAAAAAACGGAUUCGACGGAGCAUGAUCGUUUAAAAUAGUUGUAUCAGCAGAAAACCAGAAAUCAUUUCAAUAGAAAUAAAAUCACUACUUACUUGAUAAUUUCAAGCCAAAACAAACAAACAAACAAAAACUACAUUCUUGACGCGCUGCACAGAGAACUACAAAAAUUAAACUAUGGAAUUUAAGCGAAGGAAAUAGACGAGAUAUAAACAAAAAAAAACCGUGCAUUGCUGCCACCGCCAUCAUUGUUAAUUGUGAUUUGUUCACUCAUUUCUCGCACACACAAACACAUAAUCAAAUAUAGAAAUGAACGUUCGUUGUAGCAUCUUUCCAAUACACGCUCGAAACACAAACGACGACUAUUUUUAUCAUCGAUGUGUUUCCUUCCGACCGGUGUGUGGUUACUCUUUCUAACCGUAAAUUUUGGCUUCCAAUUCUACACUCACACCAACACGUUUAUACUGUUAGUAGACAGAUAAAAUAAUAAAAAAAAACAAAAAACAAAACCGAAAUUCUGAAGCUUGCUUUGGUUUAAAAUAGGUAAAACUACAAAAUAAUGAAGAACAAUAGAGGAAAAUUCAAGGACUAGAACUUUUACGCGGACGCUUUGAGCUAAUAAGAAAUUAAAAACUUCAAGAGACUUUCUUAGAAUAGGUGGAAUACACAGUUGUAACAAACACACACACACACACUCUUUCAAACACACAUUCACAUUACACAGAAACAUUUAUAUUCACAUAGAAAAAAUGUUCGUUCAGCAUCCCCUCGAGUAAAAUGAUACCUUGCAACUGGAUAGUAUUAUCAAAAAAAAAUGUAAAGAAGGUUAUAUCCAGUAGAGAGACCGGCAACGGGUGAAACAACUAGAUUUUGUACUGUUUUUAAGCGGUUUUACUAAAUUUUCUACUGUUUCGCCAAAUCUUAUCGCACCGAACGAGCCCCCGCUCAGAAAAAUGGAACCAUCAGGGAAGGAUGGUUGCGUGGGGUUAUUCAAAUUUCUCAGAAUAAAGUACCAAACCAAAGUUUGAAACCGAAAAUCAAAUUUUGGAGUGCCAAACAACACCACCCCCCACUUUAGUGCAUGCAUCCUAACAAAAUCACACACACCUAAACACACAUACAGACCUAUUAACCAAUCCUAUCGGAUCACACACACACAAUCAAACAUUUCUAGGGUCUAGAACUAAAAAAUGACCUCUCCAAAACUAAGCCUUCUUUCGACUGCUUGUUCCUCAUUAGCUUUCCUACCUAUCGUUGUUUCUUACGAAUUCUAUUGAAAGUUCCCUUUUCCCCGGUAUUGACUUUUGCUAAAAAGAAAAACACUUUUAUCAUAAAAAUAGAAAUCGCAAUCGAAUUAAAUGAAACUAACAAAUUGAAAUCAUAUGCAUAGGAAAAAAUAGCAGUUCGCCUUUUGUUCGAGUUUUAGACCGUAUAUAGAGAAAAUGAAACGUAAUCAAACAUAAGCUCGUCAUCGUCGUAGUUGUCGUCGUUACACACAAGAAAAGAAAAACCCACAAACACACACACACACCUUACACAAACGAGAGAUUGCAGCAGCCGAGUCAAUCAGCCGCGCCAAUACAAGAUAAACAAAAAACAAACAAAAUGAGAAAAAAUGAAAACAGAACCAGUAGUUGUAGAAAAGAUUGAUGCACCAAACCUCACUCCUGUCUUUCCUUCCCGUUGUGUACUGUCCUGCAACAACUGUUCUUGGGAACUAUAGAAUAAUGGUAGAUAGAUAGUCCUUCCAAUUCAGCACAAGCCAUUCGACUUAUUAUAUAGCAAAGAAAAGAAAUGUGUAGUAGUAGUGGUGAAUCAUCAAAACUCUGGUGCAGUGUGAAAUCACGCAGCCGUCGUGACUCGUAAAGGAACUAACGAACGAACCCCCGCCCCACACACACACACACACAAAACGAAAUAAAAUUUAGUACGUAAAACAUACAUUUGCAAGCUGAUGUGAUUGUCGUUAAAAUUCCUCCACAUACACAUCCACGCACGCACGCACGCACAUAAACAUGAGUUGUAAGUUGUUAAAUAUUCAAUGAAACCAGGUGUCGAUCUCACCAACUUUACACAAACAGACACACUCACAUACACACACAUCCAUCUCCUCUCGGUAGCGUGUGGCCGCGAAAACACCAACACACAAAAAAAACUUUAACUGAUUAGUGCUGAAUAAGGGUACAUCUUGCUGCUCUGAUCAGGUGAUGGGGAAAAGAACGUAAGAAUUAAAAAAAAGCGGAAAGAUAACGCCGUUCUCGUUGUAACAGCACCGCAGCACACCGUAUUGUUAUCGUAAUUCUAUUUAAAAAAAUACUUUUCCUCUGCUGCUGCGGGGUGUAACUGAAAACAAUAAAAUUUUUGUCAAAUGCCGUGGAAUUACUACCAAAACGUGUUUCCAUAUUCGUACAAUACUGCUGUGGUUAACCAAAACCUACCCGUAUAGGUAAUUCGAUUUUCACCUCUUCAAGGUGAGAAGUGACAAAAAACAAUUCCACCCUGACUUCUCCCAUGGAAACCGAAGCACAUAGAAAACAAAUGUUAAACACACUUACACGCAUACAUACAACAGAGACUCUCAAACAAACAACCAACCAACCACACCGCGCAUACAAGCGAUCUUCUCUCAUAUACGGAACAUGAAGAAAAAUGAAUGAAAAAAGAUAUAACUGUGUAACCAUGCAAAACAAUCUAUUUUCUAAUGAAUAAAAAGUAUAUAUA